CCCCCCCCCCAACACCACCACCACCCACCCACCCGUUUUCUCCCAUCUACUCAGUCGAGGCGCUGGCGCUGUAAUACCCGUCUCGUAGACAACUAGAAUAGUACCUCGGUCCCGAGGUUCGCCCUUUCUACACGCGCCCGCUCAAGACGUACAACACAUAGGACGCUUCCCCUCAACACCGAGCACUCUGGAAAUGUUCGCAUCUGAUGCGCUACAUGUUCCCGAACUACAAACACAAGAGACCCAAGAAGGUGUCGCCCCAGAGCCGCCUAACCCCGCUGCCCAGCGGUUGGAAGACAUCCAAGCCCAAUGUUCUAUUUUAAUCAGUGAAUUAGACACAGACCAAAACCCCGAGGCAGUGGUCAAAAAACAUAUAGCACAGUUGGAGAAGUACACAGACCUCCAGGAUAUAGCUUUAGGCUUGGUGACCAUGAUAGCAGACCAACGGAAACUUUGCAUAUCCAACAUAUUGGACGAAAUGAGACGUAAAUAA